AGAUGUCCUUCCCCUCGCCUAUAAAUUCAGCAAACAGCUAGCUCAACACAAUCACUCAAUCAGCUCAUCCACAAACUGAGCAUUCAAACAUCCAUAGCUCACUUCCUCAAAUUCCAGCUGAAAACACAAAGACCGAGAACCGACCAUGGCCGGCGCCAAGAGACUUGCUCAAUUGGCAAAGAAGUGGCAAAGGGUGGAAGCACUUGGAAGGAAGAGGCUCGCAGUGUCAGCCAAGGAAGAUGAAGGUUGCUGCACUUCUGUACCAACCAAGGGCCACUGCAUCAUGUACACGGCCGAUGGGAGGCGUUUCGAGGUCCCUUUGGUGUACCUCAGCACAACGCUUUUCGGCGAGCUCCUCAAGAUGUCUCAGGAGGAGUUUGGCUUUGCAAGCCAUGGCAAGAUCACACUGCCUUGUGAUGCUGCAGUCCUGGAGUAUGUCAUGAGCUUGCUCAGGAAAAAUGCCUCCCCUAAUGUCAAGAAUGCCCUGCUAAGCUCUAUGGUGACAUUUUGCCACUACACCGGCAGUGUGGUGCCGGCUGUUGGAGCCAGCCAACAAAUUUUCUGUUUGUAGCUUCUGAAGAACAUGCAGAAUUACAGACCCUGAUUCUCUCUUCAAUUUUGUGUAGUUUUCUGGAUAGUGUAAGAUAGUUAGAUAACAGACAACAGGAGAAGGAAAAUUGCAUGUAAAGCAAUGUGAUCAUCAAAGCAACAAAGCAGUAUUAUUUUGGCCAACCAGAAGUUGCUGGCUUGCAGCCAUUCUUCUCUUACAUUUGAGUUCGCAUGAUACAACUGUGCAAAGGAGCAACAAUGGUUGUGACUAUUUUUA